GCCAUGACGUCUAUCGUCGACCGGGCGUCAUGGAGAUCAGGCACGUGAGGCGCGCACAGGGGAUAUAAAUUUCUCCUUGGCCUCUUGACUCCACCAUUUUAUCACCCACUCCAUCUCCUGUACGCCUUGAAUAUUUCAAUACUUUCCACUAUGCCUGAAGGAACAAUGAAAGCUCUUUGGUACAAUGCGCCCCAAGACUUUGAGAUAAAGCAGGUCCCAAUACCGGGAGUCGGCGACGAUGAGGUGUUGCUCAAAGUGAGCUGCUGUGGCGUGUGCGGAACAGAUGCGCACAUUCACGAUGGCGAGUUUAUCUCAAAGUUCCCUCUUAUUCCAGGACAUGAAGCCAUUGGCACCAUCGUCGAGUUGGGCAAGAACGUCAAGGGCUUUGACCUUGGGGAUCGAUGCGUAGCAGACGUUGGCAUUACGUGCAACAAUUGUUUCUUUUGCCGAAGAGGGCAAUCACUCAUGUGCGAAAACUUCAACGCACGGGGAGUUACCCAGGAUGGGGGAUUUGCGGAGUACAUAGUUUAUCAACAGAACAAGCUGUACAAGAUAAAAAAUCUCACCGAUGAGGAGGCCACUCUGCUUGAGCCUGCUGCAUGCGCAGUUCAUGGUCUCGACAAGCUGGCACCGCCUGUCGGCAUCGAGGUUCUCCUUCUAGGGGCUGGACCUACUGGCUUGAUUCUUGCUCAGCUGCUGAAGCUCAAUGGUGCUUCCCGAAUUGUCGUCGCUGCGAACAAGGGUAUUAAGAUGAACAUCGCCAAAGACCUCGACGUUGCUGACGAGUACAUUGAACUUGACCGCCAGAAUCCUGGACCACAAUGGAAGAAGCUGAAGGAUGACAAUCCCUACGGCUUUGACGUUGUCGUGGAAGCGACUGGCGUAGAGAAGCUUGCUAAUGAAAGCAUCAACUACGUUCGAAGAGGUGGCACGUUGAUGCUGUACGGAGUCUAUGAAAACAAGGCUGAGGUGCAUUGGCCACCAUCAAAAAUCUUCGGCGAUGAGAUCAAGAUCAUUGGGUCAUUUUCGCAGACGUAUUGCUUCCCCCGGGCGGUGGCCUAUCUUGACAGUGGCAAGGUUAAAGUUAAGGGUAUGGUUACAGAUGUCUUCCAACUAGACGACUACCAGGCCGCGUUAGACAAGAUGAGCAGUAGGCGCGCACUUAAAAUUGCUAUCAGACCGUAGGAAGAAGAGAAGAAUCUCGAUUAUUGAAUAUUGAAUAAUUAUCGUCAUUCACUGUAGAUUAUUUACCGUCCUACUGUAGUAUCAUCAGAUAUAUUUAUGAAUUGCUUGAAAGCUGUUCACGGCAUUGG